CCGAAAAUAAUGUUUUUUCAAUGUAAAACUAUAUCAUCAAAUUAUCAUGGUCAGACGAUCAAUCCUUUUCGUGCAACGUUAAAUGACCUACUCAGAGGUGUGGAACAAAUCACCAGACUAGAGAUGACCCAAGUUUUAAAUGGCCAACAAGUUCGUCGAAGAUUUGCUACAUCAAGGCAUCUCAACAAUAACUUGUUGCAAAAUGCAUUACAAGACAUACGUAAUGGUGGAGAUCCUGUCCAAUAUUUACGCAGAGUAGGACAUAUAAACGAAUCUUAUAUAAAUCAAAUGUUGGGUCCCAUACAACAGCCAGAAGUAAAUCGCCAGCGUAUUGGACCAAAUCAUCAAAUUAACUGGAAUGGACUUGUGGAAGAAUUUUAAGAUUUAAAUGAGGACAUAGAACCGCCAUCUCCUCCACUACGUCCAGUUGCAAUAGAAAUCGAAAACGAAGAAGAAGUUGUUGAUAUAUGUCCCAUUUGUAUGAAUGAAGAGACGACCGUCAUCUUACAGCCAUGUACGCACAAAUACUGUAAUACUUGCGCCAUACGACUCCUGACAGAGAAUUUUAACUGUCCGUUAUGUAGAGCGACCAUCGAGGAGUUCUCUGGAAUCCAA